AUGGGAACUACCUCAAGCAAGUUUCAAUGGAGUGAUGCUGCCUCAGGCACACAUGCAUCACUAACAGACAAGACUGGUCUUCCACAUCUUCAAAGAUCUGUGAAUAAUCAAGAACUUUUACACGAACUUUCGAGGAUGCUUGACCAUUUGUGUAGCACGUAUCCAGUCGAGGCCAAAGCCGAGUUUCGAAAACCAUUGCAAUGGACUUCGUCCUUGCCACCUAGCGCGUUUUCAUCUCAUGGAAGCUCCAAUCUAUGGAUAGUUGGAAAAGGCUCAAAAUGGGUAGUAGCUUCGAAUAUACAACGAUCCGAUGGUCAACCAAUGUUUUCUAUAGAGCAGUCUACAAGUUCCAACGCAACUGUACGUACGGCAAAGGUUUCUUCCGUCGAGUACUUGCAUCGCGCAUUGCAAGUAUCCAUAGAACACAAACUGAGCGAGCUCCAACAACUGGUUGAAGCGAAUCCCGAUCCUUUUCUAAACAUUUUUGGUAUCAGCGAGAAUGGCGGAAAGGGAUUGGUUGAGGCGUUUGACAUUUACAACAACGAGACAGAUUCAAAACGACGAGAGCAGUUUUCAAAGCUGUAUAAGCUUCUUCUUGUUUUAAAUUCAUUCGAUUUGCAGCUGACCAAGACCACUCUUGAAAAUUUGCACAUAAUUCUUAAUAUUCACAAGGUCACCGAGGAACUUCAAAUGCUACAAGCGUUUUGUGGCCAAGAUGAAAAAUUUGCAUUAAAGUCUAUCAACUGGGAAUCAGAUUAUACUUUUGCAAAUGGCGCCAAGGCACCUCCAUGGCGUCAAGUAUAUGGUGAAAUCUGCUAUAUUAUUGUGCAGCCUCAUGAUCAUGAAGAGUUCAUGAUAACAGCCAGCAAGACAGGAUAUUUUAUAAAUAACGGGUAUAUUCCCGAUGAUAAAGGAAAUGAACGGCUUGAUUACAGCCAGUCUUCAGAGCUUUUCAAAACACUUACAGAUCUUUUACGUACCAAAUCAUCCCACUUUGCCUUGCAUAUUGACAAGCAAGAAUAUGUAUAUCACCAGGCUGACACCCAAGGAGGCGCUGGAAUGGCUGUAGCAGCCGAAAAUAUAGAUCACGCUGCAGAUUUUACAGAUGAAGACGAAUUAGGCGAGCAUGGCACCAUUAGCAAUCAUCAAGGAAAGGAUCGUAGGAAUGAAAAAGAUGCCGUCAAAAAGAAUGCCUUGGCCAAAAAAAAAGCACUUGGUCUUUCAACUGAAGAUACAAAGCAUGCUGGAAAGUUCAAGGCAAAAAAGGGAUCGUCUGAAAGAAAAAGCCGAUCGCCUACAUCCAAAAAACGCAUGCAUAAAUCACAAAGCACCGAGAAUGGGGUAUACCAAGACAGUGAUUCUGAGGUAUCUUCGGAAGAGGAGCAGCAGGAAAAGCGUCAAGACAAUGCAGAACUUCCAACCGAAUACUAUCAAAUACAAAAGUUGGUCAAAUAUCUACGUUCUGGAAAUCAAACAGCUACAAUCAUUGCAAUUUGCUCACUUCGCGACUUUGAUCUGAGCAAUGAAUUCAAUCAACUAGCCAUUCGUGACGUUGGAGGUCUUGAAACAAUUGUAAAUCUAUUGGAUACUGAAGAUCCAAAGUGCAAAAUUGGUGCUCUCAAAAUUCUCAAGGAUAUUUCUCAAAAUGGUGCAAGAUCUGCUGUUGCUGAUUUAAAUGGCAUGCAGCCAUUGGUAGAGCUACUUCAAGAAUCGGAUGAAAACAUAAAGUGUCUUGCAGCCGAGACCAUAUCACACUGUGCAAAGAAUGCUCGCAAUCGUAGAUCUGUUCGUCGCUACGGCGGUAUUCGAAAGCUUGCACGGCUUCUCAAAGCCACGCCUGGAUCGUCAGAGGAAAGGGUGGCAAUUGCUGGUGCUUUGGCUCUAGCUACUUGUAGCAAAAGUUCAAAAAAUAAGGAAGCCAUUCAGGCUGCUGGGUCAAUUCCACUGCUUGCAAACCUGCUAGAAUCUCAAAAUGAGCAGCUUUUGAUUCCAGUCGUUGUAAUUCUUCAAGAAUGUGCUUCUGAUGAAAAUUACCCGCUUGCCAUCAGAUCGUCUGGCAUGAUUCGAUUUCUUGUAGAAAAUCUGUCAAGCAAGAAUCAGGAACUGCAAAUGCACUGUGCAAGUGCUAUUUUUAAAUGCGCAGAAGAAGACGAAACUAGAGUGCUUGUUCGCCAAUGUAACGGUCUUAUGCCAUUGGUAAGCCUUUUAGAUAACGUCGCCAAUAAGGAUUUGCUGGUUGCUGCCACAGGAGCAGUUUGGAAAUGUGCUCAAAACCUCGAAAAUGUGACGGCAUUCAAUAAGCUCAAUACGAUCAAAAAGCUAAUUGGUUUAAUGGAAAAUCAGCCAGAAGAUGUGCUCGUAAAUGUUGUUGGAGCUCUUGGUGCUUGCGCUCAAACAGCGGAUGGUCGUCAAAGUAUUCGUGAAAGCGGUGGCAUUACCCCGCUUGUUAAUUUACUGACUGGGACAAAUCAGGCAUUGCUUGUCAAUGUCACUACCGCAGUUGGUGCAUCCGCAUUAGAUAGCGAUAGCAUGGCAGUUAUUGACCGACUUGAUGGCGUGCGUUUGCUUUGGUCACUGUUAAAAUCACCAAACCCUAUGGUUCAGGCAUCUGCUGCAUGGGCAAUAUCUCCUUGUAUUGAGCAUGCAAAGGAUGCCGGAGAAAUGGUUCGUUCGUUUGUCGGUGGUUUGGAGCUGAUUGUUUCUCUCUUGAAAUCGGAGAAUGCAGAGGUUUUGGCUAGCGUAUGCGCAGCGAUUGCCAAUAUUGCCAAGGAUGAGGAAAAUUUGGCGGUGAUUACUGAUCAUGGUGUAGUUCCCAUGCUUGGAAAGCUAUCCAAUACUCGAAAUGAUAAAUUACGAAAGCAUCUUGCUGAAGCAAUUGCUCGCUGUUGUCAUUGGGGAAACAAUCGGGUUGCAUUUGGAUCUGCUAGUGCUGUUGCACCUUUGGUUAAAUACCUCAAGUCUCCAGAUGAGGAGGUUCAUAGAUCGACAGCUCGUGCACUUCACCAACUCUCCAUGGACCCCGAUAACUGUAUUACCAUGCAUGAGCACGGUGUUGUUCAAUUGCUGUUGGGGAUGGUUGGAUCGCUGGAUGCGGCACUUCAAGAGGCUGCUGCUGGAACUAUAGGAAACAUUCGUCGACUGGCGCUUGCUAGUGAAAAAGCCAAUCUAUGCUGA